ACAAAUUAUGGAAAGAAAAUAAGAAAAACAGAGGCGGGAAGCAGACGGCAGAGACAAUGGGCGCUGAGUAGGAGCGAGUCCCUUUCUCUGCUUUCCUCUCAGCAAAAUUUUAAAAGGCGAAAGUAUCAAAUAACGCUCUCUAAAGGCUACAAAGGCAAACUCGUGGCUGAGGAUCCCCUUCCCGUGCUGACGUAGGAAUCCCAGUCCCCACCUUCCCUGUUUAACCGAGAGCGGAGCAGGCCAAAACAAGGCAGCAACGAGCAAGGAGAGAGAGACAGAGAAAGAAAGCAAUAUAGGAGAGGAGAAAGUGAGAAAGAGAGGAGAAAACAGGGGGGAUGGAUCCAGUGAUCAAACUGUUCGGAAAGACAAUUCAGCUGCCGGCGGCGAGACAAGGUCUGGCGGCUACUGCCGGAGAAGACAGAAGCGGAUAUGAGAAGAAGUUUUCUCCUACGAUCCUUCGGGCUUCCUCAAAAAAGCAGGGCAACCAUGAACCCAAACACAAAAACGAGGAAACGCGAUUUUCUCAACAAGAAGAGAGGAUUGACGAGAAAAAUAUGUCAGAGGCAAAGGCGGAGAAGAACAAUCCAAUGGAUAAAACACUCAAAAAGCCUGAUAAAAUUCUUCCCUGCCCUCGCUGCAAAAGCAUGGACACAAAGUUCUGCUACUUCAACAACUAUAACGUUAACCAACCCCGACACUUCUGCAAAAACUGUCAGCGAUACUGGACUGAAGGAGGCAGCAUGAGAAACGUUCCUGUUGGCGCGGGUCGCCGGAAAAGUAAGAGCUCCACCACCAACCAGUACUACAACCACCACAUCAGAAUCCCUGAUUGUGCUCAAGCUGACUUCUAUGAAUCAAACAACCAUCCGAGUCCUCUGAAACACAAUGGAACAGUACUCAGCUUCAGCGCUGAAGCUCCUCUCUUAGAAUCCAUGGAUUCCAAUCUUGAGAAUCAGUUUAGUAGAUCAUUGGCUACUCCUUGGCCUAAUCCAUGGAGUCAGACUCCUUUGUACCCAAUGGCACCAUACCUGGCCAUGCCAUGGCUGUGCUCAUGUCGGCAUUCUACAGUUCCAAAGAGAUUAAGGAUUACUGAAGACCAUGAAAAAGCUGCAAAAUGUUCAGUAUGGGAAAAACUGGGUUUUAAGAACGAUAAAACGGAUAAAAUCUUCCAGACCAGAUCAGCUGAGGCUUCACAGGUCUUGUGUGCAAACCCUGCUGCGCUUUCUCGGUCUCUCAAUUUCCAGGAGAGAUCAUAGUGAGCUUCUACAGCUCAUGCAGUAAGCGGUUUUUAACAAAUUGGUAGGUUUAGAUUUUGUAGAAAUUAGCAUAUGUGGAAGGAUUUCUCUAGUUUUUUUUUUUUUCUUUAGAUAUAAAGAUAUGAAAUCAUUUAAGAGGUUGAAUAAGAUUGUACCUAAAUAGUUAAAAAGUAGUUGCCUUUCUUUCCUGUUAUGUUUGGAAAUGAGAGACCUUUUUAAGCCAGCCUGG